GGCUCCAGAGACCACAGCGCAGCCUGGUGGUAGAAUGGUGGAAUUGCUGUUCGACAUGCGGUCAUAUUUCUGUGGGUCCACGUCGAGGGAAGUGAGUCCGGAGAACAAAACACCAGAACUGCUGGAGGAAUUUGCACGACAACGGGCUAGCGGAUUGACGCUUUUUAACACAGAGUUGAUGUACGAGGAAGCAGAGUACGUCCACCCUGCUCUAAAGAUUACCACUCCUUUCAACCACUACGCCCUGCUCACACCGAAACUUAAUCUGCCGCAGCUCUGGCGUGCCCGCGGGGCGAGGUUUCUACACCUGUUGCACGAAGUAAAAAUUUUGAUUCCGUACUUCGCGGAGGACGCUACGAAAGCGCUGGAACGCCGAGAAAAAGCAUUGCAGCCCCCGACGCUGUCGGAUCUUUGGUUGACAGAAGAGCAUCUACUUGCGGACAGUGGGGGCGAGAAAGUGCAGGAGUUUGCCCAAGCAAUUCUCGAGGAAGACAAACGAAUGAAAGCCAAUCUCUAUUUGAAUAAUAUAAGCGACAGUGCGCGAGACGCGCCUGUGACGCUUGCCGCCUUCGCUGCCGAUGCCAACAGUAAAAGGCGAAGGAACAAAAAACUCUCCUUUGCGAGCAGCUGCAACAGCAGUGAUAUGGAAAUUUCUGAGGACCACCACGUGUCCAUGCAAGAACAGAAGCCGCAUCAGCCUCCCUCUGCGUCGCGCUCGCGGCCUUCGACCCCGCACCAAACUGGGUUUCUCGCCCAAAGACGAGAACAAAACGCGUCGCAGGAGACAAGUUCGCUUUCAUCUAGUUCGGAGAGCGGCAUGGCGAAAGCGAUGCAAACGGAGUCGUUCUCCAUCAUGCAAGUUCAUGAAAAUCAAGGAGACUGGGUCCAAACGACUGACGAUGUGGUAGGAUGGCCGCAUCCGGGGUACGUGAAGAGUGUGAACUUGUCCUCAAUUCUUGAUCAUGCUUCGACGAACACUAGUGGUGCUGCUGCUGGUGUCUUCCCAGCAGCCUCGAAUAAAUCAACACGUUCUACUACUGCCGCGUCUGGCUGCAGUAUGGAAGAAAUCGAAGCCAUGAAAGACGCAGUGCGGCAGUUGGAGAGCGCGCGGCAGCAGAGCAAGCGAUUCUUGGACCAGAACACGGCCGGGCCAACCGUUUCCUUCCAAGGCUCCGCUUCCACCUCUCCGGUGAUCCCGGCAGAAGCUAGUACAGGCAAUGAGGUCUUUAUUUUCUCGAAGAACAACGCGACUGGCUGGAGGUGCUUCCGAGCCCAAGGCCAAGGAUGCCUCCCAAAGUCAGACCCGUUUGCUCUUGGAGAAAACCAUAUAACGCGACGAUGUGAUGAAGUAGAUGAAAAUGCCGCGGCUCCACCACUCGUUGUGAUUGACACACAGAAGUUUGACAGCUUCAAGGGUUGUAGACCCAACACAACAUCGUCUGCUUUGAAGAAAAACAAAGACCACGCGGUCACUUCUGAGAUUCUUUCACAGGAAAGACAAAGACUGGAUGAUAAGAACCCACUGAAACACGCCUACAUGAACACGAACUUCUCCAAAAUGGCGAUGGCAUCUUCUUUCAAACAGGAAAGCGAGCCUGGGGCCUCGUCACGUGGACGAGAGGGCUCAUCCUCUGCAUCCAGUUCCUCAGCGUCUUCUCAACAUCUUGGCCGUGUAGCACGCGAUUGGUACGACCAACAUCGCGAUCGCCACAGCAGAAGAUACGAAAAUGAUCUUCAGCGGGACGGCGCUCAUCUCGAAAGCGAAGAGCGCAAGAUGAUUUUGGAACAGGCUCGCAGAGAAGGUUUUGCUCUAGUGCAGAGUAUGCAUCAGCACGAUAUUAGAGCAGAAGACCGCGACGCUCGAGGCAAGCUGCGCUCGUCAGUUGAAGUGAUUCUGAAUCUCGUGGUGAACAAGGAGUCCCGCGAUUGCUUUAGCUUCAAGCCGCUAUCGCGACAGCUCACCGUUCAGCAGUUCAUCGCCGCUGUGCAGCCGCAAGGCAUGCGAAUUCAACUGCCUCCUUCCAAGGCCGCGCGCGAGAGCUCAAGACUGCAGGCCAUGAUGGAAGGGAUAGACGAGAACAAGGAUGAAGGAGCAUUAGCAGCUUUAGACGAUCACUCGUUUGCAUUUCAUCAGAGUCAGAAUCUGCAUCGCGAAUGGACAGCAAGCACCACCGCGUCUGCUGCUACUGGGGAGGAGAGAGUGGCAACACUGUACUGGGUGCGGGAUCGGCGAAAAUCCAUACGACACACGGAUUUUCUCUCCGGUCGCGAAACGCUUGACCAACUGUGGCGGUGGAACGGGGGGAAACAUGGAGGAAGUGAUGCAGUGCAUUUCCGUUUGGAAUUCGUGCAUUCCAGUUCGGCUUCUUCCAUUCCGCAGCUAAAUCCCAAAGCGACCAGCUUUACCCCCGGCCAAGGUUUCGUCAACUCCGGAAAUGCGUUCAUGCAGCCCCAACACCAUGCAGCUUCGUCGUCUACUUACGAUGGAUUUCAUGUCGGCGAUGCAAAUCAGCGUCAAUGCUGGUCCACACCAACUGUGCUUGGCGUUGGCGGGAACGAUUUUUCGGCGGACGUCGAUUCGAUGAAAAGGGUUGAAGCGAUAAAAUCUGAUUUCGCAAGGGCGGCGAGUCGCGAGUGGAACGCGAAUGCUACCGAGUUUGUACCGGGUAGUGCCACUCCUGGUUCCUUCGUGAUCAAUCCGCCGCUUUCCCAGCAUAGCGCUGGAGCUGCCCUCCACGUGGCGACCGGAGCGCAACUGCCGCAGCAUCACUACCAACAGCAAGCCAUAACGCAGCCAAUGGUCGUGACGACGUACGACCACCGUGCUGGACGCUUUGUGCCUCUCACGAUUACAGUCCCAGACUUUCAGGAGCAGCAGAAUCUCCAGCACUCUGAGAGCGACCAGUUCUGGACUAACAUUCAGGAGUAUUUUGGAGACGUGGACACACUAUUCCAUUGUUCCGGGCAUCAAGCACAAGUCUAUGAACCAGAUAAAGCACAUGCACAGGAAGAUGCCGGCGACGGCGUCGCGGCCAAUAUCGUCAUGGAGGAGCACCAGCAUUGCUUUGGCUUUUGUAGUUCGGCGGGUGCAGCAGGAGCCGGUGAGCACGACGGCGGACAAUUAUGGGGUGAGACUUCACAAACCAACGCGCGCGAGCAAGCGGAAGCCCCGCAAGCUUCACCUUCAACCUUCGUUUUUGGAGGUGGACUUCCUCUUCAUCGGUUCGGACCCGCAGCCCCGGGUAAUGCGGAUGAAGAUGAAUUCUUUGUCAACUGCUGCUGCGAGGACACAACUGCAAAUUAUGCGGGGACUUCUUUAUUUGGCUCUACUGUUGAACCCGGCGGUGGCCUUCUUCAACAGCAGCAGGAAGGUCAUUCCUACUGGUCCUUUCCGAGGGAGCAUCAUGAACCUGUGCAUAGCGAAGUAGAUGAACCAGCCGAACAAGUCGCCCAGGCCGCCUCUCGGUCGCGACCCCGGUGCGUUGGAGAAAAUUGCGCGAUGGAAAAAGCCGAUGGAGGUGAUGAUUUUCUGGACGUGAAUCGCAUGCCAAGAACGCGGACCCCGUCCCCGUUGCCUUCGGGAAGCCAAGUGGCUUCGCCCUACUUGGGUGUAACAGCCAGGUCUCCCUUUCUGCAGUCCGUUCCGAUGCCGCACGGGCCCGACUCGGAGUUCUCCUUACCAGCUCUGGAUCUACACGGAACUGCUUCGCCGGGUAGCUGGGUACUGGACAGCGCAGAAUCCUCGUGGAGUGCGUCCCACGCAAGAUCGACUACGCCUCCAAUCGGUGAUGUUGUCCUGCCUUCGUUCCCCGAAAACGGGCAGGACAGCGGAGCUGCUUCUCGUCCAGAUUUGCAAGCAAUGGAUUCUCACGGAUUAGCAACUACUGAAACGGAUGAGCCGUUCGACGUCACUCUUUUCAACGUGACUACCGAGCCGAGUUACUUCCUGCGGAGCGCCAGUGUGCCAUAAUGAGCUACAUGCAUAUGGUUGCACUCGCAUCAGCAGCUUUGCAAGGAUGUACCAUAGUCGUGCUUUUAUACAUACACCAACACUUCAUCUGCAUGUCGAUUUUCAUGUUUCAAAAGCGAAGCCCAUACUUAGUGACCGCGAAAGAAAUAAGUACUAGCACCAGUAGGUCGUUGUAGCGAAAUGGAAGGUUUGCCGCUUGGAGCUCUAGAUUUGUCUGAAAUCUAGCGAAACGCAUACUAAGCUUUUCUUGUCGUCUGUAUCCAUUCUUUUUCUUUGCGACACGCAGCAUGAAGUGUUUACCUAUGAUUUUUUCAACAGAAAUAACAAAGCAAGGACAAGGGUGUGCUUCUACCUCAUGCGCCACCUCCAGUCUAAGGAGCCACUAGUUCGCAUUUACUUUAUCAUUAUUUUUUUUUGUUUUUCGCAUGUGUAAAAAAGAAAGAGCUGAUAGUCAUGAUUUCCUUGCCUAUGUCAUGAUGAAGCCGUGCACUUGUACAAAAGACUUCGACGGACGAGGAUCUUCGCCACCUGCCAUUUAGAUUUACACAGCAAUUCAUUUUCAACGUAUACGUAUUUCUCUUUAUUUUUGUGCAGAGUGAGUGCAGAGCAACCCGUUGGCGGAGUACACGACGUAACUUUGUUGUGAUUUUUCGAGAAUAAAGAAAUGAAAGCUUGAAGAUGAAAUUGAGAAAAGAAUGAAGAGCUGGUGUAU